AUGUACAAUCAACAUCCCAAUUGGCAACAUAGAACCAUAUGCCGAGUCAAGCUUAGACCAAUGCAUGAGCUAUUUCCAUGCGAUACUGAGAAGCAAGUUGGUUUCAAAAACUUUAUUUAUCAAGCUAUAAGCAAGUACACAACGGUGAUCAUGAAGAAUAGCCUGUUUACCUUGAUACACUCUGAAACGGACAAGACUCUAUCUACUGUAACCAAUGACGGAAAGCCUCAGCAGCUGACUGUUGGCAAGAGUAGCACCGAGCCUGCCAAAUGGAGAUUAAAAGACCUAAAAGAGGAUUAUGUGUUUAGUGGAUCAGAGGUGACAAUUGCUUAUGACCAGACGUCUCUUUGUUUGUCCAUUCAAGGAAAUUGUGCACAAUUAAAGUCCGAACAGGAUGCCCAGGAUGGUUGCCGUUGGAGAGUACGUAUGCUUCAGAUAAACCUGAAUGAUGGCCCCGCCUUUUUUGAAGAUCUAAUCAAAAGUCAAUCUUGCUUGCAUCAAGGUGACUACUUUAUGCUACAAAACGGUGGUAUCAGCUUGGGUACAACGCAGCUUGCUCAGGCAAGCCAACAAGAAGAAUCAGCAUUAGAGAAGAGUGAUUGUGAAAGUUUCAAUACAGCAAGCGAACAACCUGUCUGUAUCGAGAGACCCAAGUAUAGACGCAUGAAAUGUAUAUGGCAAAUCAAGCUUGAAAACUGCAAGAAAUCUCCUAAAGAUAAGGAAAAGGAGCGAUUUGGUGCGCUCAAUCGGCUCUUGUUGAAAUGUGAACAUGAAAAGGAUGCAUGGAAAGCCCCCUUUCCUCGUAUAUCCCUGGUUUUGAAUAAGACUCAAACGAUGGAAUCAUGGAACACCUCAUCCAGUGAUGGUCAAUUUUCGUUUGAAACACCAAUUCAGUAUAGCACAGAUAUCACAGUACCAUAUGCUGGAAAGCCUCUUGAUGAUGAACACCCUUCCGAUUCACCCUCCACUCAAGACGCACCGGUUCAUCCAAUGAACACACCAGGAGGGAGUCAACCAAAGGAUAAAAAGUGGCGUAUCAGCAAGGGUAAGGGACUAGAUGUCAAUGUGCAUAGAGAGACGGACUUGAAUGAAAUGCAGCACCUCAUUGUUUGUUCUAAACCCGAUGGUACAGCGGAGGACGAUGCAGCACAAGCAAAACCCUGUUUUGAAUACGUCUCACUAGCAGAGCGCUUCAGGUGGGAUAUUGUAAAGAGUCUAUGUCGAGCAGACGAAGUCGAAAGGUGCUUGAAUGAACCCCCAAUUAAACCAUCAAAAACGAAGAAGCGAGUGCUCUUGAAGGCUGCUGGACAGCCUGUUCGCUGGAUGAAAAAAAAGCUGUCGAAAAAACAAAAGGUAGAAGAAAAACCAAAGGAUUCGACUAAAGUAUCCGUGAAAAAGCUCUUGAAGAAAUGUUGGUCUUUAAGAAAAACUAUGAGUAUCAUCUAA